UCCGAUUUCCGCAUGAUGUGUCAAUAAAACAAAUAACUUCAUUUUCAGGCGAUGUGAAUGGGAUAUUGCUUGGAUAUCGUUGCCUACAGUCCGGUUCACAUCUCUAAUCUGACAAAAUGGACUACUCUGGGAAAGAAAAGGAAGCCAUGGCCAUUAUGGCCGAGGCGGACAAGAAGAUGAAAACGUCGCAUUCGUUAUUCGGGACAUUUUUUGGGAGUUCUUCCAAGGUUGAGGAGGCCUGCGACAUGUAUGUGAGAGCUGCCAAUAUGUUCAAGAUGGCAAAGAACUGGAAUGCUGCAGGAGAUGCUUUCUGCAAAGCUGCGCUUCUGCAUUUAAAGGUGGACAGCAAGCACAAUGCAGCCAUGAACUUCCUAGAUGCUGGCAAUGCAUUCAAAAAGGCUGAUCCUCAAGAGGCGAUAGGCUGUUUCUCUCGGGCUAUUGACAUCUACACAGAUAUGGGGCGCUUCAAUAUUGCUGCAAAACACCACAUAUCUGUUGCAGAAAUCUAUGAAUCGGAGUUACUGGACAUAGACAAAGCUAUUGCUCAUUAUGAACAGGCAGCAGAUUAUUACAAAGGGGAGGAGUCCACCAGUGCAGCUAACAAGUGUCUACUUAAAGUGGCGAACUAUGCGGCUCAAUUGGAGCAGUACCAGAAAGCCAUAGAAAUAUUUGAGCAGAUUGGUACUUACUCCAUGGACACUACACUGUUGAAGUAUGGUGCUAAAGAUCAUUUCUUCAAAGCUGCGCUGUGUCACUUCUGUGUGGACAUGCUUAACUGCAAGCUGGCUGUACAGAAAUAUGAAGACAUGUUUCCAGCCUUCUCUGAUGCCAGAGAGUGCAAACUUCUUAAGAAACUUCUUGAUGCACAUGAUGAGCAGAAUAUUGAUGCAUACGCUGAUGCAGUAAGGGAAUUUGACUCCAUCACAAGGCUUGAUCAGUGGCAGACCACCAUGUUGCUAAGAAUCAAGAAGACCAUUCAGGAUGAAGAGAGUGACCUUCGCUAAUAUGAAGUCAUGAAACCCGUUCUCACACCCUUAUCAUUCCUUUCUUAUCAUAUAUAUAUAUAUAUAUUAAUUUAUUUAUUUACAUGUGGGUAAAUGAAGGUCAAAAAGCCUUUACUGCUGAAACCUAACAAAUCCUACUGUCUUAAAACAAAAAGUAAUACAACUUUUAUCCAGCAGGACACUGUGAAGUCUUUUAGAAUAACAUUAUCCCAUUAUAAAUGUAUCUCAUUAGAAAUUUCAUUUAAUGUGUUAACGUUUUUGUUUAUGCCUGUGCAGCUUCAGUUGUUUUAGCUAUUUCUCUUUUAUUAAGGGUUGUAACAUAUAUUUUGUUUCUCAGUCACUGUGUCAAUAUUUAUUAAUAGUAUUUAAUGAUGAUUAUAAUUCUUUAUAAGUGUGCACAUCAAUACUGUAACAAUAAUCAGCUAGAAAUCAGCUGAAAACACUAAUUGCUAUUUUCCUCUAUGGAGGAAAUGAUUAGGAACUCCUAUAUCUUAGUGAAAUUAACUAAUUUAAAAAUGGAGUCAUAAUUAAUCAAGAUACAGACAUGUAGUUUUUGAUUUAACACAUAAAGGAGUGACUGCAUGAUGGUAAUGCAUUUUAUUUUUUGACUUGAUGAUGAGGAUAUCAGUCCUCUAGUUACUCUUUGCGAAGAUAAACUGGUUAAGUGCAAUGAGUACAGUGAAUGAAACGGGUCUUACCUGAGAAACCAGCUUGUGUUAUGUCCUAGUUUUAAUUAAAGGGAUAGUUCACCCAAACAUAAAAAUACUCAUUAUUUACCCUCAGGUGGUUCCAAAUCAUUAUGACUUUUAAACACAAAAGAAGAUAGUUUGAAAAAUGUUGGAAACUGGUAACCACUGACAACCAUAGUAGGAAAUACUACAAAUCAAAUACUAUGGAAGUCAGUGGUUACAGGUUUCCAGCAUUCUUUAAAAUAUCUUCUUUUGUGUUCAACGGGAGCAUAAACUCAAACCAGGUUUGUGACAAGUGAAGGGCGAGUAAAUGGUGACAGAUGUUUUAUUUUUGGAUGAACUCUUUGAUGCUGUCUUAAUUCUCUGAUGCUAUCUAUACGAUGAUAUCUCUUUAACCCUUUAACCACCCCACCAAGAAAAAAAAAUGCUUGGAUUGCAUUUCUUAACUCCUAAUGUUUAAGAAAUCCUCCUUAACACAUCCCAUAAUUUCUAAUAUAUCAGCUUCUACCAAAUGGUUGAUAUGUCGGUUUAUGGUAAAAGUACUGGACUUAAUACAUAUACUAUGAAAAAUCUGAAAAUAUGAAGUGUAAGACCAAUUUAUUAAAAAAAUAUAUUAAAGAUAAAAAAUUUUGAAUACUAAAUCAUCUUUAUUUUUUGAAGUAUGCCAUAAGAUAUGUUGAAUUGUCAUUUAACAUGAUUUUAGUCUUAUUGUAAAAAAAAAACAAACAAGCAAGAAAACAAGUGUAGUAGUGCAACAGGAUGUUUGUUUGAUUUUGAUAAUUUUUUUUGUAAACUAACAAUGCUGUGUGUGCAAGCCAUUCUUUAAAACAGUCAUUCUUUAAAUGACUUUAACAGUCAUUAUUUAAAACAGUAAAAACAUGGUCAACCGUUUGGUAGAGAGACAGUUAAAGGGUUAAGCUAAUAUCAUGCUGAAUUUUAUUUAAUUAGGGAUGCACUGAUAUGUCAUUUUUGACCGAUACCAAUAACUCUGUAAAUUUGGAGGCUGAUAUAUAUAAUUUUUCAAUUUUUGUCUACACGAUUGCAAAACAAGUGGCAGACGUACAAAGUGAACAGCUGAUUUUAUUUAAAACUUUAAUUUCCGAAAAGUUCGAUCUGAUCUCUCAACUUUAUUAAUCAGUUAUUCUUUACUAUGACCAACUUGCUUUUAUAUAAAUAUAAUCUACAGAUUGAGCAAAACAAAACUGCAUAGAUACAGCAAACAUAUCACAAAAAAUAGUGGUGUAACCCUGGUGUCCUGGCCAAAUUCCCUUCAUCGGCCCUUACCCUCACCUUAUUUAAUGAUUGUGAAGUGCUUUGGGUGUAUGGCCAUACAUGAUGAAUGCGCUAUAUGAAUACACAUUACAUUACAUUACUCAACAUUAACCAAAAUGAAAUAGCUUUAAAAUAAUAAAAAAGUAGCAGGUCGCAGGCAUGUUAAGUAAAUUAACCAGCAGAAAUAAUACAUAAUUUAUCGGCUUAAAGAUUUCAGCCUUAUACUGUUAUCAGACGGAUAAUGAUAACAUUAAAAACAGCAUUUAUGUCAGCGCCAAUAGCGUAGUGGUUAGAGCAUCAACACAUGCAAAACCCCCCAAAAUAAUUAUUAAAAAACAAAUAGCAUUUAUUUGUCGAUAUUAAAAUGGUUGCAGAUAUAUAUAUAUAUAUAGUGCAUCCCUAAUUUUAUUGGUAUGUUACAACACUCAUAUUGUUUGUUAUCUAAUAAGUAUUAAAAAUUACAGUCUUAUUUAUUAAGUUGAUCAUUCUUUCAAUGUUAAUCUACACACAUUUUCUCAUGUUACAACUAGUCAUGUGCCAUUACAGGAAAUUGAGCAUGGAAAGCAUAAAUGUAAUGCAAAAAAAAUAAAAUAGUAGAAGCAUGCAUUUAUUCAUUGAACUGGUUUAAAAAGCUAAUAAACGAUUUGAUUCCCUCAA